CGGCAAGUCGGCUUGAUGGAGUUAUAUCCCUUGGUGAGCAUGCGUGUUGAUGGAAUUCUGUACUUUCCUUAUCAUAAUGUCGGACAUGAUAGUCUCAGUGUGAAGUCUGAUGGCAAUGGAUUGGUCUUAACUCAGCUUAUAAACAUGGCUAAAACAGCUCAGGAAAACUACUCCUUUGGUGACUUCAGUGGUUUACCUCCAGAUGAACAAGAUGCUGUCCAGCAUAUAUUGCAUGGUGCAAACUUGGAAUCUGGGCAGAAGAAAAUAGAAUUUCCUUGGGACAAAGAUGGAUCUCCUUUAGCUGAUGAUCUGAUUCCUUAUGAAGCUUACAAUGGUAAUCCACCGCCACCACCUCCAUCAGUUGUUCCUGUUGCAACUCUAUACCCACGCACAGGACCUGUUCCUCACAUCCCUGCUGGAGGUGCUAUUUUCCAGUCUCCACUAGUACCUUUGGUAUUUACACAACCAGUCAACCUUUCUCAGUCCCAAAUAAACAGACCCUCAGUGGUUGGGCCUCCUCCAGGUAUGAUCCCCAUCAAUUUGACUAUGGUAAAUCACGACUUCAUACCCCCUCCUUCUGAUGCUUCACUAGAAGUGGUCAAUAAUGACUCUGUAAUUCCACCGGUUUCCAACCAUGUAGUUACAGUUCAUGAAUAUGACCAGUCUCAACCAAGCAUGCCAGUGACAAACACAUCAGUCAAAGAGAAUGGCAAACUCUAUGAGGGGAACAGUGUGCUUGAACCCAGCCUGUCUGGUUCAUUGAAAAGUGAAGCAGAAGAUACGAAAUCUGGAGAUCUGAAAAAUAUCAAGCAGUGUAACAAGAGAGUACAAGUGAAAAAUUGCAGAAUUGAUAAAGUUGAUCCAACUAGUUUUAGCAUGAUUGACAAGAGUGGUCAGGCGAAGCCAGACUGUGAUAAUGUGCCUUCUGGAAAACUAGAAAAGUCAAUUGAAACUGAAACCCAGAUGUUGGAAACUAUUAGCUUUUUUGACUCUGAAAUCUCUGGGAAUGGUAUUCUUCCUAAUGAUAACUUACAGUUAAAGUUACACAAUGAUCAUUAUAUAAUAACAUUUCCUGACCAAAAGAGUAAUAGUAACCAAACUGGGGAGGGAUCUCCAUCUGAUACAAAUUCACUUAACAGUCAGGCUAAAGAUAAACCACUCCCAACCACUGCACCUUCAGACAAUGAUAAUUUGCAGAGCCAGUCUAGUGACCAAUCACCCAAGCCUAGUGACCAUGUUGACAGUGUUGUAAAUAGUUCUUUGGCAGAUGUGAAUGAAACAAAAUCUCCUGAAAAUGCCAAACCUGUUGUUGAGAGUUCAGCAGUUGCUGGUGAGAAUGUACCAAAUAGUUUAGAAUCAGAGUCACAGACACCGACUGUAGAUGUGACAAAAGAUGCAGACAGUGUGACCUCAACAGAGAGUGUGGAGACAGUUAGCCAAGCUAAAGACAAAAAUAUUUCUCCUACUCCACAGCUUCCCAAGAUGAAGUCUUGGGCUGGUCUGUUCAGAAACACUGAGACUACAUCAAAGAGUAUUGUUGUGUACUCGGGAACAUCAGACAGGGACGAUGAGCUGACUGUUUCUAAACGGACAUCCUCUCCAGCAUCUGUAGACAGGGCUGCAACAGGUAAAGGUAUGACAUCAGCUACAGUGCCAAAACCAAGCCCGGAACGAGAAUUUGUAAAGGAAUCUACCCCUCAGCUGCCAACUCCUGUUGCUGUUGAUGAAGACCUGAUGGCAAUGAAGAUCGGAGCUGCUUUGAAAGAUAUGAAUCUGAUCUUCCGACCUGUGGCCCUGCAACCUCGGGCUCUCAACAACAAGGGCAACUGGUGUUAUAUCAAUGCUACCUUACAGGCUCUCUUAUCUUGUCCACCCUUUUACCAUCUAAUAAAAAAGCUGCCACUUGUUUCAAUUAAACAGCGUGGGCCCAGCUCAACACCAGUUUUAGAUGCCAUGUUCCAGUUUAUGAAUGAGUUCAAUACUAUGCCUAAUUCAGCUUCUAAGAAACGCUCACCUUCUGCAGAAUUAAUCCCAGGACCCCCUUUUGAACCAUCAUGUGUGUAUAAUAUGCUGCACAUGAUAGAAUCUACCCUGUCUUUCAAGUUUGGGAAGCAAGAAGAUGCUGAGGAGUUUUUGAGUUUUGUGUUAAACAAACUUCAUGAAGAGAUGCUUGCUGUGGUAAAUGUUGCAAAUAACAAUCCUAAUCAGUCGGAUGAGAAUCAUAAUUCAAGACACAAGGAAAAUGGUUUUCUUCCUGAUGAGAAUGCCAAUACCGAUGAUGACUGGGAGCAAGUUGGACCGAAAAACAAGACAGUUUACACACGAAGGGCCAAUUUUACCAGGAGUUGUGUUUCUGAUAUAUUUGCUGGUCAAAUGAGGUCUGCUGUGUAUCAGGUUGCCUCCAAAGAAUCUGCCACACUUCAGCCAUUCUUCACACUACAGUUAGACAUACAGUCUGAUAAAGUCUGGAAUGUGAAGGAUGCUCUUGAAGGCCUUGUAAGUAAAGAAGCAGUUCAUGGUUAUACAUGCUCAAAGACUAAUACAGAGGUGGAAAUAACCAAAAAAGUUACUCUUGAAGAACUACCACCAGUACUUAUUCUACAUUUCAAAUGUUUUAUCUAUGAUAAGAAUGGAGGGAUCCAGAAGGUCUUAAAGAAGAUUGAUUACCCAAUAGAACUAGAUAUAAGUAAAGAACUGUUGUCUCCAGUUCGCUCAAGAAUCCCAAUGGCUCAAAGAAGCUAUAAGCUUUUUGCUGUUAUAUUUCACCAUGGCAAGAAUGCAACAGGAGGACAUUAUACCGCCUGUGUUUAUCACUGUGGCAUCAACAACUGGAUCCUGUAUGAUGAUGGAGUCGUGAGACAAGUAUCACCAACUCAUGUCCUGAAAUUCGUUCUAAACCGGAUUCCUUAUUUAUUGUUUUAUAGACGCUGCGAUCUCAGUUGACACUAAAGUUUUUUUUUUUGUUUCUGAACUCUGAGUUGGGAUACCUUACUUCCUUGUGACUCUCACCCAAAUCAUGCCUACAGCCCCACCUCAACGAACCAGCUAAUACCUUAGUAAUAAAACAAAAAGAAAAUAUGCUGUCAUAAGAUAAACUGAAAUCAAAAGAAGCAUCAUUGUUAGAUGCCGGAGGCUGCUAUUUUUUUUUUUUUUUUUUUUUUUUUUUUCUCCUGUCUAAGGGAUCAUACUCAUUUCUCACAUCAUUUUAGAACGUGUAAAACUCUCAUACUAGCUAUUCUCUGGAACUGAUAUCUAUUUUGUAGCUAUAUUUUUUUUUUAACCCCUUUAUUGUUGUUGGAGCCUCUGUAAAGUAUGUCAUGUUUACUCUCUGAUUUUUGACACAGAGGUCAUUGUCUUCUAAUCACACACACACACACACACACACACACACACACGCUACUCAUUAGUAGUCACUUGCUGCUGACUGGUUGGCUGUUUAUGGAUAGUAUAUGCGUAAUUGUUUUAUACUUCAGGUUUUAUCGCUUACUUCGUUUGAGUUGAUGCUAGUUUAGUGAUAUCUGUGGUGAGUGCUGACGAGCAAGAAGAGGUGAGCACCUUGUAAACCAGGCCUCUGGUAUAGUAUUGGUUUUCAAUUCAAGCUAAUUGACUUACACUGCUAAUACUCCUGAUGAAAGCCUGGAUCUCCCAGUUUUCUCCCUCAAAAUACAUGCCUCUUUUGUAGGUUGUCAAUAAAAACCAAAAUUAAAAUGAUGUACAUUUUUACAAAGUGCCUAAGUGUACCAGCUUUUGGUUUUAUAUUCUUUGACACUAAAUGGCUACAUGUUUUGUUUAUCCUGGGAUAAAUAAAUCUAACGUUUUUAUUUUCGUCCAAAACUUAAGGUUUUGAUUAAAAAAAACAAAA